AUGUCUAAAAUUUGUUCAUCUCAGCUCCCAACUAUGGUGAGACUGAAGCAAAUGUGGGUCCUUUUUGCGAGAGGAGAUUUCCUGACCGAUGAUGGAACCGGAAGUACGAGUAUCUACGGCAAGUACUUCGAUGAUGAAAACUUUGAUCUGAAGCACCAUGAUGCCGGAUGGGUUGCUAUGGCAAAUGCAGGCGGCGAUUUCGACCAGAGAGAUGGCUCAGGAAGCGAGAGUAUUUAUGGAGAUUACUUCGACGAUGAGAACUUUGAACUGAGGCACUAUGGGCCUGGUUGGGUCGGCAUGGCAAAUAACGGUCCAAACACGAAUGGAAAUCAAUUUUAUAUCGUCUCCAAAAGAACACCUUGGCUUGAUGGGACGAACGUGGUAUUCGGAAAAGUUAUUGAGGGUCUCGACAUAGUGUAUAGCAUACAGGCGCUGGAAACCGACAAACGUGAUUGGCCUUUAGAUGAUGUAAUAAUUGCGGGUAGCACGGUGGAAGAAGGCUCUCGUGAGAACCAGGCUACAAAUGGACCAAAGGAGAGAACAUCAAAAGGAAACCAAGAAGAAAGAAAAGGCAAGGGGGAAGAAGAGAGGAGAGCAAGGGAUAACCCUUUAAACCUGAAGCUUUGUUUCCUGAGGGGUCCCAUAGAAAAUAAAGAGGAUAAAAACAAGAAAGAGUUCAGAGCAGACAAGAAAAGAGAACCUGAGAAAGCUAUAAAUAAAUAA